AUGGAACAGAGUCUUCAAAAGAUUGACUACCGCCUGCUUCAGGGCUGUUGUCUCGAGGCCGAGCGGGCAAAAAUCGCGUCGGUGAGCCUGGAAGGGCUUCGAAUGACCCUCGCCGAGUCCUACGGCGGCCCCAUCAACGCCCUGGUUACGGAGAUGCGGAGGUGUGCAAGUUUACUGAGGGAUUUGACCGAUCUAUCGCAAAUGCAUUUCAACCGGGUGCCUGUUCUGCUCAACUACCUUCAGAUCAUUCUCCCUUGCCUGUCCAGGACACUCCGCGACAUCAACGACUACUACGAGGAUCGUACCGUGAGCAAGGAUAUCCGAUGGCGGAGGAUGUAUCACAAGAUGUCGCAGGAGGUUGGAGGUCUGCCGCUUCCACAGCGUUUCACGCUCUACAACCACUUUCUGGACUGUUUGAGACUGCUCCUAACCAUGUAG